UCUUUUUUAUUCAUUCCUUCCUUCUGGCCUCGCUCGACUAGGCUAGGUAGGGCUUCAAACAAAGAAUGGAGAGGUUUCUCCAGAGUGCGGCGAAGCCCAUCAGCGAUGCCAGCAAGGAGAGCAGCAGGUGUGAGCGGCGGCAGCAGCAGCAGGAGCAAAAUGUGGUCUUGGAAUAUGAGCAGACGGGCAGGAUGCACAAGCGCCUCCAUCACCUCUGCACCACCAGCGUGAUGAAGUCGUAUGCUCUCGUUGAAUGUCUCGAACAGGAUAACUAUUUGCCUCCGUCCAUGUCAAGGCAGAGUUACGUGUCCGACAUCGAGUUUAACACUGAGGGUACUCUCGUGGCUUUCACCACGUCCACGGGGUAUAUGAACAUCCAUGCUUACGAUUCCAUUCUGUCUGGCAAGAGGAUGCCUCCUGUGGCUGCUUAUUCCCUCUGUGGAAAGCUUCAAGCCGUGAGAUGGAACCCCCUGGACCAGCUUCAGGUGGCAUGCGUAGCCGAGUCAGUCGGUUCCGUCAUCAUCUUCGACGUCCGACACAGGCAGCCCGAGUCGCUCGAAAAAAUGCAAGUCUUUAGAACAAAGCCGGGGACGGAAACCCAUCGCGGCCUCUACGACGUGCAAUGCAAAAGCUGGAAGAUAUUUGCUUGUGCAAGCGGAGGCGUGUAUGUGUGGGAUAGGCGAGCAGGAAAUCUUUCUACUGCGACUUUACGGGCACCUUCUUUUGCUGGAACGAUGCUGUCUCUGGACAUCACAUCAGACGAACAGGUUCUUUUGGCUGGAAGCAGCAGCGGUCAUAUUUUCGCAUGGGACAUCCGUGGCGGAAAGGCUUCUUCUUGUUCUGCCUUUUCCUCGCCCAACAAUGUGGAUCAACAUCCCUUGGGCAUUAUCUCCAUGUCUACAGCCUUGCAAGAGAUACCAGAUCUCCGGGUAGACUUCUUACUUCUUCUUCUUAUGCUUGCCAUCAUUUUGCUGUUUCAGUCUCAAACGUACACUGGAGAUUUGAGUGUUACAUGUGUGCGUCUAAACUCGUCAGGUGAUCAGCUUGCUUUCGGCCUCAACAAAGGCUGGUCCGGUGUAAUCAACAUGCUCAACUUUCAAGAGAUAACACACAUUCAUUGCCCUCCAUCGCUCUGGGAACUGGGAAGUCUGAGCUGGCUGAGCACGACAAAACUCACCUGGCUUUUGAGCCUUCCGGUAGUCGCUGUAGCUAGUGGGGACCUUCGUUUUCUCGAAUUUUCUGGUCCGGGAUCGCGCCAUCACGUCAGCUCGAGAAACAAUGGCUGCGCUCCAGUUGUGAUUGAAAUGGCAGACGGUGUCUAUAGUGUCGCAGCACAUCCUUCAGAUGGCUGCCUAAUGGUUGGCACCCAGGAGCAUACUCAUUUAGUUGCUCAUGACAAGCAAUUCAGCUCGUAAGAAUACCAAUCCCGAAAUAAAAACCUCUCCAUACCCUUUGCGUGUA